AUGCUGUUCGGGGACAAAGUGCAACGUCCUUCUCUUCCUGUGUACGCUCCUGUGCGCGCACCCCGAACACACGAAGCACACCCACCGUCACGCACCGAGUGGCCCCGGCUCCAGACCCCCGAGAACUACAGCCCAGCCGCCACCGUCGGGUCCCCGGGGCCCCCGUCCCCUCUGGGUUGCGGCCUGGACUUCCUCCCCCUUCCCGCUUCUCCAGUUCCGUACCGGCCCGAAGCAGGAGGACAGACCACGAACCGAGGAGUUGGGACCACCCAGCCGGGCCAAGCCGCUCCAUCCUCCCGACCCACACCCCCCCGCCACCCGGGCCCCCGCGCUGGUCACGCCACAGGCGAGUCCGUUCUCACCCGGCUCACCUGGCGGCCGCAGGCUCCGCAGGUUCGGGGCAUGUCACCCGCCCGUCACCGGCCCGCAGCCACCGGUGGCGCGAGCCGCAGGCAGGCGCAGCGGGCACCCCUCCCUCGUCCUCACCCUCCCUGCCCGGCCCGAGGCCCGCCCCCUCGGUUUCCGCCGCCUGAGCUCCUGCCCGCGCCGCCGCCUCCUCACACCUCCCACUCACUCUCGCGAGAUACGCGCGUCUCUCGCGAGAUCCACCCUGAGACCAAGCCCGCGCAAAAGAGGGUGGGCUCUUAA